CAUCACCCUUUGUGGGAGGCGCCGGGAUCCCUCGGAACUCGGGGAAACUGAGGCACAGCCGUGGGCGUCGCCCCGGGACGGCGCUUCCUGUUCCUCCUCCGGGCAGCGGGUUCAGGCGGCUCGAUCCCAUGGGAUGGACGCAGCGCGAAGCCCUCGGCGCCCCCUCCCCGCAGGUGACGCUUCCCACCAUGUCCCUCUGGAGCAUCGUCUCCCAGAUGGCGCCGGAGGAGUUCAGCGGAAUCUUCGCGGAGUUCCCCCGCAGUCUGCGCUGCGUCCUGGGCGAGUGGCUGGAGAACCAGCCCUGGGAGUUCAUCCACGGCCCCGACACCUUCUGCACCAGUGUGGCACAGGGGCUGGUCUCAGCGAUGCUGGAGAGGCUGCGCAGUGCCGGCGGUGACGGACAGCAGUGCCACAUUCUGCAGCAAAUCAGCAGCAUUGAGGGCACAUACCGGCACGACCCGAUGCGCUUGGUGGCUGUCCUGAGGGCCAUCCUGGAAGGCGAGAAGGCCGCCGUGCUGCGGAGGGACCACCACCUGCCCCUCAGCUUCCACCGGCGCCAGGAGGAGCUCAAAUUCAGUCUGGGGCUGCGGCGGCUGCAGCAUCGCGUGCGGGAGGUGCAGGCAGUGCGGGAGCAUGGGGCAGCGCUGGGGGACGGCCCUGCAGCCUCGAACGCGCGGGACCCGCAGCUGAAAUCGGAAGGGAAAGCACCGGAGAGUGAGCUGCCUGCGCUCCUCCUGGAGGCCACCAAGGAGCUGGAGGCGGUCAGGCAGCAGGUGCUGAAGCGCAUCCAGAUCUGGAAGCGGCAGCAGCAGCUGGCGGGGAACGGCGCACCCUUCGAGGAGAACCUCGCACCGCUGCAGAAACGGUGUGAAGGUUUGGUGGAGGUUCACUUCCAGCUGCAUCAACAGGUGAUGGCGGCGGGCGCAGAGCUGGGGGCAGAGCUGCUGUCCCAACUGCUGGAGAGGCUCAACGAGGUCCUGUCCAGCCUGGUUCAGAGCUCCUUCCUGGUGGAGAAGCAGCCCCCCCAGGUGCUGAAGACGCAGACCAAGUUCCAGGCGAGCGUCCGCUUCCUGCUGGGCCCACAGCUGCUGCAGGCAUCCCCCAAACCCUGCAUAGUGCGUGCCGAUAUGGUGACGGAGAAGCAGGCACGGGAGUUGGCACACAGUGCUUACAGCAGCACCCUGAGUGAGAGCACCGGGGAGAUCGUGCACAACGUGGUGGCCUUGGAGACCAACCCGGGCAGCGGGACCUGCAGCGCCAGCUUCAAGAAUGUGAUGCUGAAGAAGAUAAAGCGCUGUGAACGGAAGGGCUCUGAAUCGGUGACAGAAGAGAAAUGCGCCGUUCUGUUCAGCUGCACCGUGGGGCUGAGCCCCAGUGGGACCACCGUGAGGCUGCAGGUCCUGUCCCUCCCCAUCGUGGUCAUCGUCCACGGGAACCAGGACAACAAUGCCAAGGCGACGGUGCUGUGGGAUAAUGCCUUCUCUGAGAUCGAGAGGGUGCCCUUCGUGGUGGCCGAGCGCGUCCCCUGGGAGAAGAUGUGCGAGACGCUGAACCUGAAGUUCAUGGCGGAGGUGCAGACCACCAAAGGGCUCUUGAAGGAGCAUUACUUCUUCCUGGCCCAGAAAAUCUUCAACGACCACAGCGCCGCUCCGGAGGACUUCCAGAGCCGCAGCGUCUCCUGGGCACAGUUCAAUAAGGAGAUCCUGCCUGGACGGGGCUUCACCUUCUGGCAGUGGUUCGAUGGAGUCCUGGACCUCACCAAGCGGUGCCUCAAGAGCUACUGGUCAGACCGGCUGAUCAUUGGCUUCAUCAGCAAGCAGUACGUGUGCAAGCUGCUGAGCACGGAGCCCGACGGAACGUUCCUGCUGCGCUUCAGCGAUUCCGAGAUCGGGGGGGUCACCAUCGCUCACGUCAUCCGUGGCAAGGACGGUUCCAGCCAGGUGGAGAACAUUCAGCCUUUCUCUGCUAAGGACCUUUCCAUCCGCUCCCUGGGGGACCGCAUCCGUGAUCUGAGGCAGCUGCGCAACCUCUACCCCAGCACCCCCAAGGAUCAGGCGUUCGGAUGCCACUACAACAAGGAGCAGACAGGGAAGGACGGACGGGGCUACGUCUCCACAGCCAUCAAAAUGACAGUGGAAAGCGAGAGGGACCAACCGCCCCAGAGCACUGCGGGGGGGGGUCCCGAAGCUGUCCAGCCCCCCCUGUUCGCCCUCCCCAUGCUACAGCCCGAGCUGCAGCCCAAGAACCUGCUGAGCUCCACCUGCCCCCCCGCCCCAUUCUGUCCCCAGCCCAUGGGCAGUUACCCCCCAGGUGAGAGCAGCAUCAGCACAAUGGUCACCGAAGGCCUCCACUCCUCCUUCCCCAGCCCAGGGCCAGUGCUCUCCUCACCCCCUCUGGUGAUGGACCCUGCCAUGCCCCGCUGCCAGGACCCUUUCCGGAACCCCAUGAGCUUUCUACCCAACCAAUUUCUGCCUGGGGAAGGUCCCCCCCGGGUGGAGGGUCCCCACCAGCUGAUACCCGGGGGUCCCUCCCCUGAACCCCGAGAUGAGGAGAUGCCAGAGCUCGGCCCCUUCGAAGCCAUCAACACAGCACUGCAGAGCUCCCCGAGGUGGCUGCCGCCCAGCACAGAGCUGCCCCCUGCCUCUGAGUUUGAUCAGUUCCUGCAGGAAAUGUCUCUGGAGGACCCCACGUUGUGCCCCCCCUUCACGCCCUCCCCGCAACGCAAUGCAUACCCCAACCCCACUGCAUCCUACUGGGGGCUGGGGGAGUCCCAUUGGGAUGACAGCAUCCGCCCGGGGCACGUGUGAGGGGUGGGGAGGGGGGAGUAUCGCACUGUGCCCCCCCACACACUGCCCCAUUGAGUUGCAUGGACUUGGCACAAAUUGCGCAGGGGAGGGGGGGAUCGGGGCGGGGGGAUGACAGCAUUUGGAUACCAUUCUGUUCUCCCCCCCCACCCGUGCACACGCUGCACUUUGAAGCACAGAGCUACAGCCCCAGGUGCUGGGGG